AAUUAGGAGUAUUUUAUAGGAAGAAUUAAGCUGCUCACCUUGCAAAGUUCAUCAAAUUAUGGACACUUUUGCCUCUGUGUUGAUUUUGUGGUUGGCCUUUUGGGCGUCAAGCAUGGUUAUAAACGCCCGUCCAAAUCUACAAGAUGACAGUGUCAAAACCUACGACGUCGCCAAAUUUGGAGCUGUCGGUGAUGGAAUAACAGAUGAUACAAAAGCAUUUAAAUCGGCAUGGGAAGCAGCUUGCAAAGAAAAGAGAGAAAAAGCAAAGAUAGCAGUAGCCAGUGGAAAGACAUUUUUGGUGUCUCAAAUUGAAUUUAAGGGCCCAUGCAGUUCCACCUCAAUCAUAUUUGAGAUACUAGGAAAGAUUGUGGCACCACCAAGAUCAGCAUGGGAGAAGAAAGGCGCGGACGAAUGGCUCUAUUUUCACAGAGUCGACGGGCUUACCUUGGUAGGGGAAGGCCAAGGAGUGAUCGAUGGUCGUGGAGAGACAUGGUGGAAAAAUGGCGAUACAAAAUCGCGACCCACUGCCAUGAGGUUUUCUCACUGCAACAAACUCCAAGUUCGAGGAUUGAAACAUAGAAACAGCCAAAAGAACCAUGUUUCUAUAAACGGAUGCAACAGCACUACCAUUUCAGACCUAGUCAUAACCGCCCCUCAAAAGAGUCCUAAUACAGAUGGAAUUGACAUCAGCGGUUCAACAGAUCUUCGCAUCCUUGACUCUGUCAUGGAAACUGGGGAUGACUGUAUUGCCAUUAAUGGGGGUACUUCAAAUGUCAGCAUAUCCAACAUAAAUUGUGGUCCUGGACAUGGAAUAAGUAUUGGGAGUUUAGGGAAGAAGGGGAAGCAUGAUGAAGUAGAAGCAAUAAACAUACGCAAUUGCACUUUCAACAGAAGUGAUAACGGAGUGAGGAUCAAAACAUGGCAGGGAGGAUCUGGAUUUGCCAGGAACAUCAAGUUCUCGCAAAUAAUCUUCAUCGAGGCUAAUAACCCUGUUAUCAUCGACCAGUAUUACUGUCCACACAAGAAAUGCGCUACCAAAAAAUCUGCAGUGAAAGUGAGUGAUGUGGGAUAUUAUGGACUCCAUGGCACAACCAUCUCCAAGAAUGCUACUAUUAACUUCAGCUGCAGCAAGACAGUACCUUGUACAAACAUCAUCGUGGAAGAUGUGGACAUAGAAUCGGCAAAUCCAAAUCAUCCGGCAAAGUCCCACUGCACCAAUGCUUAUGGAACAGCUCAUGCAUUGAGGCCAAUAUUGGAUUGCCUACUGAAGUAAAAUUUGGAAUUCUGAUAUAAGACAUAUAGAUACUAGGCUGCAGAGGACUAACAGAACUGUGAAAGAAGUCGCCACAGGCUUCUGUCUAGUACAUUUAGUAUACCAUAAAUUUAAAUAUGAAUGAACUGAAAGUAGCUAGAGUCACAUAGCAACAGUUUCCAGAGUUUUUCAGUUAAUUUUUUUUAUUGAUGUAAAUCAUUCAUGAGAAGCUAUUCAUAAGUUCUUAAUUAUAGUUUUGAGAAGUUAUUAGCAGGCGCAUACAAGUUGUAACACCCUGAAUAUUGAUAAAUUUGUGGGA